UUGAUCAAUCAGUCACUCCCCGAUAUGGAUGAUAUCACACUAGACGGUCCAGAAGUGAACGGUGUUUCGCCGACUGAUUCCACCGUGAUGAUCAGCUCUGAGCCCGAACGCGGGCAAAUUAAAGACAGAUCGAAAGCGUUGAAAAAAAUUGUCUCUUUUUGUGCCCUGGUUCCCUCGCUCAAACCGUCUGUGGUCUACGAGCACGAAUCCAUCGAAACGGUUGAAGAUCGUGCCAGUCAGUCGCCCCUGUCCGAUCGCUACUUUGAUGAAUUCGGUUUUCGGAUAGAUGAUCUCGAUGCGCUAUCCUCGAAAUAUUCCAUGAGUUAUGUGCGAAAAAUUGCUAAGAGUAGUUGUUGCGUCCUUGUGGAGUAUCUCGGUAUUCAGCUAGGUCAUUGA